UUGUCUAUAUUGUUUGGUGUAAUGUCUCUUUAAAUGUGGCGGUCUGCCCUGUUGUUGCUGUGCGGGAAACCCCGUACCGACUGAAGGGACCCAAGAUGGCCGAAUACUCACGGGGGGUUGUUAGCAAUUAUCUAAGCAAGCCGUCCCGUAUGAAUGGCAUAUAGCACUAUCAUGUAAUGCGUAUUCGUGAAGAAACCGCACACCUCUACUGUUUAUCUGCAUAUUCUGGAAUGCACGGAAAGCAAUAAGGAGAGACGAGUCUCUCCACGGCCCCGAGCCAGAACAUGGCGGAAAACUCGGGCAAGAAAUAGCAGCUAAUGCUAGCCUGCUAUCGUAUUAUUGGGACACAUAAUCGUAACCGUCGGUUUAUCGAUUGCACUGUUUUUGUGGUCGCUGGACGUUGAAUGAUGUUAGCGUUAUGUGAUUGUUUCCACGUCAGUAUUAAACUUGACUUAUUGUUGGAAAUGUUGAGCGUAGGCAGUUAGCUUCCUAGCUAGCUAUUCAAUGCACUGGGUUGGCUAACACACCUCAAUAGCCCACAUAGCUAGCUGGCUUUCGGAUUGUACCGAUAGACUGUAACGUUAUCCGAUAUUAGUGGGCAGAAACAGGUGAUCCCGCAAUUCCGAAUGUUUUUCUCUGCCUCACACGUGUAUUAUACCAUUCGUCUGUGGUUUACAUCGAUUAGCAGCUAGCCUCUAUAUCCUAGACACCAUACACCGUCUGCUAGAAUGUUAAUCAAACUGAAUUAAAUUGGUAAAUGCAGCCGUCGCUGGGCAAUAUUUUAGUCAUUUCAGAAUACUUCCAUCUGGAAGUUUUAUCAGCCUGAUUAUUCAGCCCCUCUGCAUUGGGACUGUUUCGUCGAGCUGUUUGUCCGGUUGACCCCCGCAAGCUUGAAAUUGACGUAUUGACAGUUGUGACUUGAUUUUGAGUCUGAUAUUACGUGGGCAAGACAGUCAAGGCUAAGGUUCGGGGUGGGACCGAUAAAAGCCACCUUGCCAGGAUGACGGACACUCGUCGCCGAGUUAAAGUUUAUACCCUCAAUGAGGACAGACAAUGGGACGACCGUGGGACCGGCCACGUCUCUUCGGCUUACGUCGAAAGAUUGAAAGGCACUUCUCUGCUGGUGCGAGCAGAAAGUGAUGGUUCCCUUCUCUUGGAGUCCAAGAUCAAUCCAAACACAGCAUACCAGAAACAACAGGACACGUUAAUAGUGUGGUCAGAAGCGGAGAACUACGAUUUGGCGCUCAGUUUUCAGGAGAAGGCAGGCUGCGAUGAGAUCUGGGAGAAAAUAUGCCAGGUUCAGGGAAAGGACCCGUCUGUGGACAUCACCCAGGAAGUGGUGGACGAGUCCGAAGAGGAGCGCUUCGACGACAUGUCGUCGCCGGGCCUGGAGCUGCCACCGUGUGAACUGAACCGCCUGGAAGACCUCGCCGAGCUCGUUGCCUCAUCGCUCCCAUCGCCGCUGCGCCGCGAGAAGCUUGCGCUGGCGGUAGAGAAUGAGGGCUACAUCCGCAAGCUCCUGGAGCUGUUUCGUGUGUGCGAGGACCUGGAGAACCACGAGGGGCUGCACCACCUGUACGAGAUCAUCAAGGGCAUUUUCCUGCUCAACCGUACGGCCCUCUUUGAGGUCAUGUUCUCAGAGGAGUGCAUCAUGGACGUGAUUGGCUGUCUAGAGUUUGACCCCGCGCUACCGCAGCCACGCCGCCAUCGAGAGUUCCUCACCAAAACGGCGCGCUUCAAAGAGGUCAUCCCUAUCUCGGACCCCGAACUGCGGCAGAAAAUACACCAGACGUACCGGGUGCAGUACAUCCAGGACAUGGUACUGCCCACCCCCUCAGUGUUCGAGGAGAACAUGCUGUCUACCCUGCACUCCUUCAUCUUCUUCAACAAGGUGGAGAUCGUCGGCAUGCUUCAGGACGAUGAGAAGUUCCUGACCGAUCUCUUCGCCCAGCUCACGGAUGAGGCCACAGAGGACGACAAAAGACACGAGCUGGUAAACUUCCUCAAGGAAUUCUGCGCAUUCUCACAAACGUUACAACCUCAAAACAGAGACGCCUUUUUUAAGACGCUGUCAAACAUGGGCAUUCUCCCAGCACUAGAGGUUAUACUGGGAAUGGACGAUGUGCAGGUGCGCGGGGCAGCCACAGAUAUCUUCUCCUAUCUGGUGGAGUACAACCCCUCCAUGGUACGAGAGUUUGUGAUGCAGGAGUCCCAGCAGAACGAUGACGACAUCCUGCUGAUCAACCUGAUCAUUGAGCACAUGAUCUGUGACACGGACCCGGAGCUGGGCGGCGCGGUGCAGCUGAUGGGUUUGCUGCGCACGCUGGUGGAUCCGGAGAACAUGCUGGCGACGGCUAACAAAACGGAGAAGACAGAGUUCCUGAGCUUUUUCUACAAGCACUGCAUGCAUGUUCUCUCAGCCCCCCUGUUGGCCAACACCACUGAAGAGAAGCCCAGCAAAGAUGACUUCCAAACGUCUCAGCUGCUGGCCUUGAUCUUGGAGCUGCUGACGUUCUGUGUGGAGCACCACACCUACCACAUCAAGAACUACAUCAUCAACAAGGACAUCCUGCGGAGGGUGCUGGUACUCACCGCCUCGCAGCACGCCUUCCUGGCCCUGUGCGCCCUGCGGUUCAUGCGUAGGAUCAUCGGCCUGAAGGACGAGUUCUACAACCGCUACAUCAUGAGGAACUUCCUGUUUGAGCCGGUGGUCAAGGCGUUCCUCAGCAACGGCUCGCGCUACAACCUCAUGAACUCGGCCAUCAUCGAGAUGUUUGAGUAUGUCCGUGUGGAGGACGUGAAGUCUCUCACCGCUCACAUAGUAGAGAACUAUUGGAAGGCUCUGGAGGACGUGGACUAUGUCCAGACCUUCAAGGGCCUGAAGCUGCGCUACGAACAGCAAAGGGAGAGGCAAGACAACCCCAAACUAGAUAGCAUGCGCUCUAUCCUGAGGAACCACCGCUUCCGCCGGGACGCCCGCACACUGGAGGACGAGGAGGAGAUGUGGUUCAACACGGACGAGGACGACCUGGAGGACGGCGAGGCGGUGGUCCCGCCCUCAGACAAGAUGAAGAGCGAGGAGGACCUCAUGGACCCCAUCAGCAAGUUCAUGGAGAGGAAGAAAUUGAAAGACUCUGAGGACAAGGAGGUCCUCGGGAAGUCGGGCCUGUCGGGCAGACAGAGCCCCAGCUUCAAGCUCUCCUUCUCCGGCUCCACCAAGAGCAGUCUGUCCAGCCCGCCCUCCUCGGCCUCGCUCAACCCCGGCUCGCCGGGCUCCCCGGGCUCCCCGGGGUCGGGCUCCCGGAACUCGCCCCCCGCCGCGGCCGUCCCGGCCAAGGGGGCGCUGGUGGGCCUGGUGGACUACCCGGACGACGACGACGAGGAGGACGAGGACGAGGAAGAGGACGUGGAGAGUAAAGAGGACCCGCUGCCUCCAUCCAAGAAGUCCAAGCUGAGCUCCUAGAGACCCGCCGGUCCCCGCUUCGCCCGCCACACUACUGCAGCAGCGGCAGCAGCAGCAGCAGCAGCAGCAGCAGCAGCAGCAGCAGCAUUGACUUGACUACCACAGGCAUGAUCAAACUUGUACAACAGAACGAAUGGAAAAAAAUAAUAAUAUGUGCGCAGCGGCUGUCUCACCAGCCGGCGCCCAGACGAGGAGAGAACUGCGUGAGAGCUCGUAGCGUCCUCAGACUAGAACCCAAUUUAUACAAGUGCCAAUCAGAAGACCAGUUGCGGAGGCCACUGGAGACGUGAGGAGGACCAGAAGAAAACCAUGGAGGGGGCAGCGGGGUCAGGGGGGGGGGGGGGGGGUGAAGACGAUUGUAGCUAUCGCAGUCACGAACAAUACGAGACUCAUAAUGACCAUUCAGUAACUGGAGGAAAACCACACACCAAACACACACGCCGACUCACAAGUAAACAAAACACACACACAUUCACACACACGGGUCACAGACUUGUUACCCAAACAGGGUUAGUGACUUUACUGCUCUCUGAAACACGACCCACUGCCCCAACCCAUCCCCCUCUGUGACCCCCCCCCCACACCUCCUCCACUCAGGGAAGGACAUCACAGACUAACCCGACGGGUUGGCCAAUGAAGACCCAGAACCGCCACUUGACCCCCUCUGUCCCCGGCCCCCUCAGAGCCCCCACCUCUUUAAUCGGUUCCUUUCUCUCUUCCUCCCUCCUCUGCUGGGUGUUCUGGCUCCUUUUGGUUCUUCUCUCUUCUUCGUUUCUGUCUUUUUAUUUUUUAAAGUUAGUUUAUAGGACCAGGCGGGACACGGCACGGGGGGGGGGGCAAAGGAAAGCCUUGGGCGUUUGAUGAUGUCAUCGGUGUCGUUGUUUUCGUGGCCUCAGAGGACGUUCUUUCUCUCUGGAGAAUAAAAAAAGCCAGCAGUUUCGUUCCCGCCCUCCCCCUCUUGUUGUUUAUUUGACACUCUUUCCUGUUUUUUUUGUAAAUGACAACAACAAAAAAGACCUGCCUUUAAAUGUUCAGGACGUUUUCUGUCGCACUUGAACAGGUUUUUAAAGACCUCAGUAGGUUGAGCUAGUUUUACCCUUUUUUUGCCCUUUGAAACUGCAGAUUUUUUGGAAAAUUUGUAAUCCCGUCUUGAUUAAAGAUUGAGUGGAAUCCUAGAUGUGAUACAUUUUGUCAUAUCUUCUCAUUUUCUUUUACAUGAGUGUACACUUAGUUGUUAAGAAUAUUUGGGACCAUUAAAAUGAUCUUUGCUGUAAGAUCUCUUGCUACCCUGAAGUGAUUCAUUGUAUGACCUCUUUGCUGGUCGUAUAGAUGUCGCCAAAGGCGACAGUUGGUAUUGUUUACUUCAGCUUCCAAAACAAGGCAGAUAAUGGAACUGUGGCUAACCAAUUAACUGCCUUCCAGAAACAGAUAAACUAGAAUUGAAAUACUGUCUCAAUUAUCUUAGAAUAUUUACGUUGUCGAUCUGAGCUGUUUGUCCACGGGGUGGCGGUGUUGCUUCACCAUUAUAACACCAAUGUCUGGGGGGGUCAUUUUGGAAUUGUUUUAUUUGCCAAAAUUAGACUAGAAAGGGAAAUAUAGUUUGAAAUAUAUCCAUCUACGUGAAAUUAUAAAAUAACUUUUCUAACCUCGGUGUGGAUCAGCCAGGUCGAGAAAUUUCUCAAGAAGAGUUGAGGACUUGGAGCUGCACAUUUAAUACAUUGGCCUUAUCCUAUAGUUUGGAUUAUUAUUGACUUAUUCAAGUCUUGGUCAAAUUCUAAAGUUAGUCAAUCGGUUUAACUGUCCCGGAAAACUUUAAUAUCAACCAUUCCCUUUACAUGUGUAUGCUAAACGGUGGAUCCUUUGUUGCUCAAAUACGAACGAUUGCUGCAGCGCUCCUCCCAAUGUGCACGGUCACCUCCGCAAGGCCUGUGCGCUGAAACAAACGGCCAGGAGACGUUCUGUAGCCAUCAGAU